AUGAAUCAUAGCUCCACGUGCAAGUUGCAGCCCCUGCUACCACUCGCAGGGGGUUUCUUCAACUGGGUUGAGUUCGCCAACGAGCCUUGCAUAUCAAGAAACGGCUUCAGCGGUGUGUGCCUGACGAGUUCCGAGUGCAACUUACACGGUGGUGCCACGAACGGACGCUGUGCCCAAGGCUACGGCGUUUGCUGCCAAGUGUCACGGUCUUGCGGUGAGGUCAUAACGCGAAACAACAGCUACUUCGUGGAUCCAAGCUCCGUGGGCGGUUCGCUGACUCCGGGUCCAAACGGCCUUCUCUGCUCUGUCACGGUCUACAAGGUGGACCCGACAGUGUGUCAGCUCAGAUUAAACAUGGAGCGCUUCGACAUCAUUGGUCCUGAUGUGUCCCACGUGUCUGGAGUGUGCAGCCACGAUGCCUUCCACGUCAGCGGUCAGGAUGAAAACAGCGUGGUCCCCUUAAUAUGUGGAGUAAACAACGGACAACACGUCUACGUCAGCGUGAGUCAACCCAGUGGUCCCGUCAGACUCUCCAUUUUUCUGGCUCCCAAUGCGACGCACCGGAACUGGAAGAUUAGAGUUAUCCAGCUGCCGUGCGGUAGCCAGAGAUUAGCCCCCUCCGGUUGUCUGCAGUACCAUGAAGAUCCCACGGGUGUCGUGUCGAGCUUCAACUACGGAAGUGACAGCCCUUCGGCCGGAAGUGGAAUAGGGCGCAUCGAGAGGGGCUACCCCAACUUCAGCCGCUACUCAAUUUGCUUCCGAUUGGCUGCUGGCACAUGCUCACUCCGCUUAGCCAAAGAUGGUCCGUUCGGUGUGUACGCCGAUCCUGCUCCAGGGAAUGUCCUGGACCCGGGAAGGUCAGUGACCAAUCGCUGCGAAGAGUUUCGCUUCCGGUCACCGCUGCAGGCAGACUUCCUGAUGCUCGGCGUCCAGCCCUUCUGUGGAGACGACUUCCCAGACUCCUUGGAGAUGGAGGACACUGGGGCAAUGAUCAUAACUUUCGUGGCAAAUGGAACACAUCGACCAGAGUACGCUGGCUUCAGACUUCGUUAUCAAAUGGUGCCCUGCGUUCGUCGUCGCCAUAACCUCGACACCGACUCAGCUACAAGAAUGCCCGUUCAAGCUUUGUUCUUCCAAGCACCAACCACGAGCCUGCCGCACGUAUCAGCUUAUUCCGCCAGCGACGGUCUCGCAAGCACGCCAAGCGGCGAUGUUCAACAGGAAUUUCCUUCGAUUCCGGAGCCUGAAGUCUACACUGAAUCCGGCUACUUUCCCGAGCCCGAUGGCCAUAUCCCCAGUGGCCAGGUCGUUCUCUAUCACAAGGGUGUGUACAAGGACCUCGUCAUGAAGAUUGUGAGAAACCUCGUCUCGGUUGGCCGGAAGUGACAGCAGUAGGUUCCGGGAGUCGUAGUGUUGAGACUACAGCCGCGCGUAGCUCGUGCUUUUCUUUUGUAUAAUCGUGCUGCCAAGUUAUAUAAAAUGCGUUAAAGAGCAGAGCGCAAAUUCGGCACAGGGCAUAGAAGACCACAAAGAGCACAGGUCCUGUGCUGUGUGUGCUCUUCUAUGUCCUGUACCGAAUUGGCGCUCCGCAGUAUAGCGUUAUGAACCAACUAGCCCAGAGAGAAGUUCUCUUAAGAUGCGUUAUUUCGGCAAUAAAUUCACUUCUCGUAUUUUCUGAUAAAAAAUUUAGAUGUGGGUGAAUAUUUUCUGUUCCCGAUAUUUUAACUGUCCUGCUUGACUUAAAUGGCAUAAAGGUUGC